UUGCAGAAGGUAGGCACAGUUGUUUCAAACUGAGAACGGACGACCAUUUCUCUGGUGAUUUGGUUCAGUAUUGUUUUGGAUUCCCUCGGAGCUAGCUGGGUGAAAAAUUAAUAACAUAUCGCAGAGACCUUGGUGUUACGAACGAAUGCAAACGAUUGUGCGGGCGAUUAAUUUCACUCGAUGCGACGAUCUCUGUCCGGUGUACAGUACAGUGGUGAUGUUGACACGUGACAAUAAUUAUUGACGGUUUGAUAAACAAAAAAAUCUGAAUCCGAACGAUUGAUUGUGGCUGUUUGAAUAAGUUUGAAAUGGUGUCGCUUUCCAGAGUAUUCUCAAACAAAAAACUCCUCUUCGGAGGGGGCAUCGUACUGGUGACGGUGAUAGCCAUCGCAAUAGCGGUCCCGUUGGCCAUCAACGGCGGGGAAAAGGCCGAACCAGAGCCAACGAAUCAAUUUUUCGGCCGAACCGUCCUCGAUGAGGUUCCCCUGAUAGAUGGGCACAAUGAUCUCCCACACAACUUGUACUCGUACGAGCGGAACAAGAUCAACAACUUUAACCUUGAUCAGGACCUGCGGCAGGUUCCGGUUUGGUCCGAGUCCCCAUACAGUCACACCGACAUCCCUCGGCUUCUGGAGGGGAAAGUAGGGGCACAAUUUUGGGUAGCCUACGUCGCCUGCAAAACCCAAUACAAGGACGCCAUCCCUCGAACGUUGGAACAGAUCGACGUCAUCAAACGCAUGGUGGCCAAAUAUCCGCAGUACAUGAAGUACGUAACGUCAGCCGAUGGCAUCGAGGAAGCUUUCCGGGAGAAGAAGAUCGGUUCCCUGAUUGCCGUCGAAGGCGGUCAUUCGAUGGAUUCGCGACUGGCUUUGCUACGAAUUUACUACGAACUGGGCGUUCGAUACAUGACCUUGACCCAUUCCUGUAAUACUCCCUGGGCAGAUGCUUCUCCGGUUGAUAAUUCGCCGGAAGGUCCGAUGAACGACCUGACCGUUUGGGGGCGUGAAGUAGUUUGGGAGAUGAAUCGUUUGGGUAUGCUGGUAGAUCUUUCGCACGUUAGUCACGGCGUUAUGAAGGAAGCGCUGGAGCAUUCGAAGGCACCGAUUAUCUUCAGCCAUUCUUCCUCGUAUCAGGUGUAUCCACAUCACAGAAACGCUCGGGAUGAUGUGUUGAAGACGCUCAUUUCCAACGGUGGACUCAUAAUGGUCACAUUCUAUCCGGGAUUCAUCGGAGGGGCGCGGAACAUAGACGAAGCCAUUCAACAUCUGAACCACAUCAAAUCCAUAACGGGGCCGGAUCACAUCGGCAUCGGGGGCGAUUACGACGGCAUCGAGGCGGUCCUGGAGGGCCUAGAGGAUGUUUCCAAGUAUCCGGACCUAUUCGAUAUGCUGGCCAAUGGAGCCUUCCGAAAUGGAACCACAUUUGAACCCUGGACCCGCGAGGAUCUGCGCAAGCUGGCUGGAGAAAAUUUGCUCCGAGUGUUUAGGGCUGUCGAAAAGGUUCGGGACGAGAUGGUUGGGGUGCCACCCUAUGAAGACUUGCUGCCCUAUCAGGAAUACGUCAAGGCCGGCGUCGAGGAUCAACCGUGUAUGAGUGACUUGGACAUUCACAAGGACUGAAGGAGGAAAUCAUACUUUUAAGAUAACGAAAGACUGUGAAUAUUUUUGGUGAAGAGUCAGGGAUAGUAGAUUUCUAAGAGGAAAAAAAACAAUUGUUAAAUUAAA